AAUGAACUCAAAGGUUGAAGAGACCAAGACAGUGGAUGAGGGCCAUAAAGAUAUUGACCUCAACGCAUCUUAUCAUGAAGUAGACCAAAUGAUCAACAGCCUAUUAGAAGACGAUAUUUUCGAUCAAGAAGAGGAACAACAGAUCCUGAAGGCUAAAGAACACUCAAAGCUUAAUCCUGAUGAAGGCAUUGACUUAAACAGACUCACCAAGAUCGAAGAGAUGAUCGGCUUGGAGGAAGGCAAAGAAGAAUUAAAAAUGUCAACAAAGAAGGGCAAGUCAUACCCUAUCAAUAUUCUGAGGAAUUGAGAUCUUAUUUCAAGACAAACUUCUGGGAAAGAAACAUUUACACAAGAGGAACAGAAGGAGAAUAAAACAAGUCAUGAAAUUUCAUCACGAUCUAAAGAUUCUCACGAAAUUGAAAAGAAAAGAUUGAGCGAUCAUAUUUCUUGUUCAGAAAGUUCUAAAUCAAUUGAGAUGGACAGUAGCAUGGACGACGAAAGUAACCGGGAAGGGUUGUCACAAAGAAACCCUUCUUCAGAAAUUUCGAUGACUUACUCUAAAAACUCAACUUACUCUACUGCUGCUGGUUCGAAGCAUCAGAGCUUUACUAUUGUCAAAAACAAGAAUAAGGUGUAUGCCAAUACUACCAUAUUUGCCCUCGACUCUCGGCUGCUUUGCGAAUCUUACAAGGAGAAUAAAAUUAAAACAACUCUUCGAUGUAAUAAAGGCCAACUGGUGAGACUCAUCAGGCAUUCAUCAAAGCACCAAUAUUGGGCAAUACUCAACUCCUACUCAAAAUUUGGUCCAAAGGCUGAGGUAGAGCUGAUAGAUUCGAGAAUUUUAAUGCCUGAUUUAUCUGAAUAUCCAGUCGGGAAAUAUAAAGAUCCUCAUAACAAAAGCACGAUGACUCAAACCUACCCUGUGCUAUCGUUAGCAUAUUUAAAGAGAAAUAUAACGUUCCCUGCAACAGUACAGUACUAUUUACAAGGAAAUGAGGAUGAGAUUGUCUGAGUCUGAACCUCUCCGGACAAAGACAUUGUACUUGCUUACAAAGCCAGUGACCCUAAAUGCACAUUAUGAAUGCUGAACACCCGUAACAUUCUUGAUAUCACUUUUAAUUGCUAA